UGUUUGUACUCUUCCUCCGUCUAUAAAUACAUCCUAAACAAACAUCCCUUCCACUCUUUAACUCUACAACAUAUAUUCUUGGCCCUUCUCCCCUCUCUCUUUCUCUCUGUGUCUUCCUUUUCCUCUCUACAGCAAUGUCUGGUGUGUGGAUAUUCGACAAGAAAGGAGUAGCACGCCUGAUAACCAACCCUACAAGAGAAUCCUUCGAGCAGAAAGAGCCACCUUCUCCAGGCACAGCAACAGCACCAGGUGCUCGACCAAGGGUUCUCGUCUAUCUCCCAACAAACCAGGUCAUCCGCUCCUACUCUGAGCUCGAACAGCGGCUUAUCGAACUGGGGUGGACUCGUUACAGUGGAUGCAGCCAGCACAACAACCUCAUCCAAUUCCACAAAUCUGACAACUCCGCCCAUCUAAUCUCCCUACCUAACCGUUUUGCCAACUUCAAGUCUUUCCAUAUGUAUGAUAUUGUUGUCAAGAAUCAUUCCUUCUUUGAAGUUCGUGAACCUGUGGCUAAAGAUUGAUCCCUACUUCAUUAAUUUAAUGUUCACUACGUACUAUCCUUGCAUUAGGGAAACAUGAUAUACACCCAUCAUUCUAUAUAUAUAUAUAAAUAUAUAAUUUAUGCUUCUGUUCUAGUUUGGGGCACUUUUCUUGAAACUUUAGGUGGGGUUCCUUCUGCUUACUCAUUUUUACAUUCUUUUUCCUUUUUAAGGAUGUGAAUUAUAUGAAGACCAUUUCCUUGCUGUUUUCUCUUUGUUUUUUCUUUUACAUAUAAGAAGAUAUUUUCCUUGCAGUUACUGUUUGUUGGUACCACAUUACAUGCAUUUGGGAUUUUCUUUCUUUCUUUUUAAUUCUUGAAAGUUAGUAAAGGUCAUCAAGCUGUAGCUAAACUCUUUGUUUCUAGAUUCUGUUUGAUCAAUUGAGCAAAUAUAUAUUUGAUUUUAAUAGUUUUGGAUUCAUAUUUAAUCAUUAGGUAGAAUCUUUGAUCAAUAUGUCUUGCGAUUGAAUGAUUUAACAAUACACAGCGUAAAAGACUUAAUCAUUCCACUCAUAAGUUUAAGCUAUUGAAUGUAAUGUUAUUGGAUCAUCUUAAUAAUUAUUUAAAUUUCAUUACAAAUAUAUAUAUUUCAAGGAUGAACAU